AUGGUUUGUGCAAUGGAACAGCAGCAGCAGCAACAGCAGCAGCAGCAGCAACAGCAGCUACAGCAACAGUUGCCACAACAGCAACAGCAGCACAGCACAACAAUUGUGCUGCUGACAGCCGGCAACAGCAAUGUGCACAUUGUCAGUGCACCGCAGCAACAUCAGCAGCAGCAGCACCAGCAGCAACAGCAAAUCAAAAGCCAACAGCUGAAGCAGCAGCACUCGGCAUUGGUCAAGCUGCUGGAGUCAGCGCCGCUCAGCAAACAACAACAGCAGCAGCAGCAGCAGCAGCAACACCAGCCCAGACAAAUAGUUUACCUGCAACAGCAACAGCAACGCAAAAGACUGAAAAACGAAGAGCAACAACUGCAACAACAGCAACAACAAACACCUGCAACAUUAGUAAAGACAACCACCAACCAGACAACAACAAGAAACACAACAAAUAGUAUUAGUCAGCAGCAGCAGCAGAUUGUAUUGUUGCUGCAACAGCCAACAGCAACAGUCGCAGCAACAGCAGCGGCAACAGCACCAGCAACUGUGACAGCAGCAACACCAAAGCCAUGCGCCGAUCUCAGCGCCAAAAAUGACAGCGAAUCGGGCAUUGAUGAGGACUGUGCGAACAGCGACGACGAUAUGCCACCCAAGGCCAAUGUUGGCGGCGGACCAGCAACAGUUGCUGCCGUCGACUAUGAGCAAUAUCAGUGCCCCUGGAAGAAAAUACGCUAUGCGCGCGAGCUCAAGCAGCGUGAGCUGGAGCAGACGACAUUGGCGCGGCAGCAACACGAAGACAAAACAAUCACAGCGGCAGCAGCAGCAGCAGCAACAACAGCGGCAACUGCAACAGCAGCAGCAACUGCAACAAGACCCACCAGCAACAAGCUCAAUCUACUGCAUUGUGAUAGUCCUUUUUCCGCGCAAACACACAAAGAAAUUGCCAAUUUGUUGAUGCAACAAACUCAGCAGCAACAGCAACAGCAGCCCCAGCAACAACACCAGCAGCAACACCAGCAACAACAACAGCAGCAGCAACAGCGACGCGAUAGCUCGGACAGCAACUGCUCGCUGCUGAGCAACUCGAGCACCCAGUCACUGACAAAUGGCAUUGGCAAUUGUUGCACGUGCAACAGCAACAGCAGCAGCAGCAGCGACGACGAUCAGCAACACAAACAGCUCGAGGACAUGGAUGCCCAGGACUCGGGCUGCGAUGAUGAGCUAUGCGAGCAGCAUCACCAGCGCCUCGAAGCCUCACAGCUCAAUUAUUUGUGUCAAAAGUUUGACGAGAAGCUGGACACGGCAUUAAGCAACAGCAACAACAACAACAACAGCAACAGCAACAGCAACAACAGCAACAACAACACAGGUGGUUUCUUCCGACGCUCCAUACAGCAAAAGAUCCAAUAUCGCCCAUGCACCAAGAAUCAACAGUGCAGCAUUUUGCGUAUCAAUCGCAAUCGCUGUCAAUAUUGUCGCCUGAAAAAGUGCAUUGCCGUUGGCAUGAGUCGUGAUGCUGUGCGCUUUGGUCGCGUGCCCAAGCGAGAGAAGGCGCGCAUUUUGGCCGCGAUGCAGCAGAGCACACAGAAUCGCGGCCAACAGCGCGCCCUGGCCACCGAAUUGGACGAUCAGCCACGCCUAUUGGCCGCCGUGCUGCGCGCCCAUCUGGAGACAUGCGAGUUCACCAAGGAGAAGGUCUCGGCGAUGCGACAGCGCGCCAGAGACUGCCCAUCGUACUCAAUGCCAACCUUGCUGGCCUGUCCGCUCAAUCCCGCGCCCGAACUGCAGUCCGAGCAGGAGUUCUCGCAGCGCUUCGCGCAUGUCAUACGCGGGGUCAUCGACUUUGCGGGCAUGAUACCCGGCUUCCAGUUGCUCACCCAGGACGACAAGUUCACGCUGCUGAAGGCGGGCCUCUUCGACGCGCUGUUCGUGCGGCUAAUUUGCAUGUUCGACUCGUCGAUCAACUCGAUCAUCUGCCUGAACGGGCAGGUGAUGCGCCGCGAUGCCAUCCAGAACGGAGCGAAUGCCCGCUUCCUGGUGGACUCGACGUUCAACUUUGCGGAGCGCAUGAACUCGAUGAAUCUGACAGACGCCGAGAUCGGACUCUUCUGCGCCAUUGUGCUGAUCACGCCGGAUCGUCCCGGUCUGCGCAACCUGGAGCUCAUCGAGAAGAUGUACAGCCGCCUGAAGGGCUGUCUGCAGUGCAUUGUCUCCCAGAACCGACCCGAUCAGCCCGACUUUCUGGCCAAGCUGCUCGACACAAUGCCCGAUCUGCGCACUCUCAGCACCCUGCACACCGAGAAGCUUGUCGUGUUCCGCACCGAGCACAAGGAGCUGCUGCGCCAGCAGAUGUGGAGCAUGGAGGACGGCGAUGCGGCCAGCAAGAGCCCUGCCGCCAGCUGGGACGCCAUGGACGUCGAGGCAGCCAAGAGCCCGCUGGGCUCCGUCUCCAGCACAGAGUCGGCCGACCUUGACUACGUCACACCCAGCAGCACCCAGCUACAGCAGCAGCAGCCGCAGCAACAGCAGCAACAGGCCGCCACAACGCCCCAGUCCCAUCAUAGUGCGCCCUCGGCGCUGGCCAGCUCGGCGCCCCUGCUCGCCGCAACGCUCUCCGGCGGCUGUCCGCUGCGCAAUCGCGCCAAUUCCGGCUCUAGCGGGGACUCUGGUGCUGCCGACCUGGACAUUGUUGGCUCGCAUGCGCAUCUCACCCAGAACGGUCUGACAAUCACGCCCAUUGUCCGCCACCAGCAACAGCCCCAGCCCCAGCAGCAACAACAGCAGCAGCAGCAGGUGAAUCACCAUCAGCAGCAUCCGCAGCUGCACCAUCACCUGACCUCGGGCGCCACACGUUACCGCAAGCUGGACUCGCCCACAGACUCGGGCAUUGAGUCGGGCAACGAGAAGAACGAGUGCAAGGCGGUCAGCUCCGGCGGCAGCAGCUCCUGCUCCAGUCCGCGCUCCAGCGUCGACGAUGCCCUCGACUGCAGCGAUGCCGCCCAGGCGGCCACAGCGGCGGGCGUUGCCCAGCUGAGCGUCUCCGUGUCGCCCGUGCGCUCGCCCCAGCCCUCGAGCAGCGCCAACCUGAAGCGCCAGAUAGUCGAGGACAUGCCGGUGCUGAAGCGCGUGCUCCAGGCGCCGCCGCUCUACGAUACCAACUCUCUGAUGGACGAGGCCUACAAGCCGCACAAAAAGUUCCGGGCGCUGCGUCAUCGUGAGUUCGAGACCGCCGAGGCCGAUGCCAGCAGCUCGACCAGCAUGCCGGCGCACAGUCCGCGCCAGAGCCCCACGCCCCACUCCGCCCACAUCAGUGUGGUGCAGACGCCCCCACCAGCCGGCGCAGGAGCAGCAACAGCAGCAUCUGCAGCGGCGGCCAACAGCCAACUGCACAUGCAUCUGACACGCAGCAGUCCCAGCCAGCAGCAGCAACAACAACAACAACAACAGCAGCAGCAGCUGGGCUCGAUGGCCAGCACACACUCGGUCCUGGCCAAAUCCCUGAUGGCCGAGCCGCGCAUGACGCCCGAGCAGAUGAAGCGCUCGGACAUCAUACAGAACUAUUUGAUGCGCGAGCCGGCGACAGCGGCCAGCAGCACAACGGGCGGCGGACGCAGUCCGAGCAGCCAUUGCCCCUCACCCUCGACCAGCUCCCCGCCGCCGCCGCCCCAGCAGCAGCUGCAGCAGCAGCAGGCGCGUUGGGCCACCACCAGCUGCCAGCAGCGACAGCAGUCCGUCUCGCCGCACAGCAACGGCAGCAGUUCCAGCUCCAGCUCCAGCUCCUCAUCCAGCUCAACCUCCAGCAACAGCAGCAGCAGCGGCAGCAGUUGUCAGUAUUUCCAGUCGCCGCACUCGACCAGCAGCAGCAGCAGCAAUUCGGCCUCCUCGAGCGCGGCCACGUCUACGUGCAUUGUGGCAGCGCCGCCGCGUGCCUCGCCCAUGAUCGAGCUGCAGGUGGACAUUGCCGAUCCUGCCCAGCCGCUGAAUCUGUCCAAGAAAUCGCCGACGCCGCCGCCAAGUAAGUUGCAUGCGCUUGUCGCUGCUGCCAAUGCUGUGCAGCGUUAUCCAACACUGUCCGCCGAUGUGACGGUCACCGCUGCUAGCAGUCCGGCUGUCUCUGCUGCCACGCCCAGCGGCACACCGCCCACCACCAGCAGCAGCAGCAGCAGCAGCAGCAGCACGCCCAGCGGUGUGCCGGCCGUGCACAAAGUCAUGUUGGAGGCGUAAGCGUCGCUCCGGAACUGAGCUGAUCUGAGCUGAGAGACUGAAGCGCGGGGCGUGGUCGAACUUUCCUUAACACUGCAGCAGCCACGCCCCUGCCCCCCACCCCCACCCGCAAAAGGGGCAGAGAGACCACACAAAAGAAAACGUAAUUUGAUGCGGCGCAAAAAACAACAAAUCCCACAAAAAGAAAGCCAGCAAAAAAAUAUAAAAAAAAAAACAACAAAC